AUGGUUCCUCAGCUGCCUCUUAGCGUGUGUCUCUUAACCUCGCUGGUUCUUAGCACAGAGGCCUCUGCGGUCAGCAACUGGUGGAACCUGGUGCCCAGGAAAACUGUGCCCUACCACGAACUGAAAGAAGGGACCAAACAUUUCUCCAUGGCAGGAGUGUCCAACUAUACCACGCUGACCUUGGUGGACCCCAAAGGACUGCUCUACGUUGGGGCUCGUGAAGCCAUCUUUGCCCUGAGCAUUAGCACCAUGGAGAUGGAGGAAGCAAUACUUUGGGAGGCUCCAGCAGAGAGAAAAGCAGAAUGUAUCCAAAAAGGCAGAAGUAAUCAGACCGAAUGCUUCAACUACAUCCGCUUCCUCCAGACCUACAACAGCUCUCACAUGUACACUUGUGGCACCUACGCCUUCCAGCCCAAAUGUGGCUACAUUGAUCUGGCCACCUUCUCCUUGGAGAGGUUCUCCUUCGAGGAAGGCAAGGGCAAGUGUCCGUACGAUCCUGCCAAGGGAUACACAAGCCUCAUUGUGGAGGAAGAGUUGUAUUCCGCAACACACAACAACUUCCUGGGUACUGAUCCUGUGAUCCUGCGCAAUCUGGGACCCCAGUAUCCCGUCAAGACUGAGCACCUGCCUACGUGGCUGAAUGAACCCCAUUUUGUGGGCUCGGCAUUUGUCCAGGAGAGCAAAGGCAGCAAUAUCGGAGAUGACGACAAAGUCUACUUCUUCUUCAGCGAGCGGGCGGUGGAGUACGAUUGUGACAUUGACCAGGUGGUAGCCCGAGUGGCUCGGGUCUGCAAGGGCGAUGUCGGGGGCGCCCGUACUUUGCAGAAAAGGUGGACGACGUUUCUGAAGGCCCGUCUGCUCUGCUCCAUUCCAGAGCAGCAGCUGCACUUCAACCGGAUCCAGGGGACCUACACGCUGAACGGCGAUCACUGGCGCGAGACCAGCUUUUUUGGGGUCUUCCAAGCACGCUGGGGAGACGUAGAUGUCUCUGCCGUUUGCCAGUACCAGAUCCUGGAUGUGCAAAAGGUGUUUGAAGGCCCUUACAAGGAAUACAGUGAAAUCGCUCAGAAGUGGAUCCGUUACUCCGAUCAGGAACCUGUUCCCCGUCCCGGAGCCUGUAUCACAAACUGGCACCGGUACAACAGUUUCUCCACCUCCCUGGAGCUCCCAGACAACACCCUGAACUUUGCAAAGAAGCACCCGCUGAUGGAUAAGGCCGUGCCCCCCCAGGGCAACCAGCCCUUGCUGGUCAAGAAGGAUGCCAACUUCACCCAGCUAGUGGUGGAAAGAGUUCAUGGGUUGGAUGGCAAACCAUACGAAGUGCUGUACAUCGGGACAGAGAACGGCUGGUUACACAAGGCGGUGGCCUUGCCUUCAGGUGUCCACCUCAUAGAAGAACUGCAGGUUUUUGAGGAAGCCCAACCCAUCAAGAGUCUGGUGUUGUCAGUACCGAAGAGAGUCCUUUUUAUUGGCUCCAACACACAAGUCAUCCAGGUCCCCGUGGCCAACUGCAGCAAGUACCGGACAUGCUCCGACUGUAUUCUCGCCAAGGACCCUUACUGUGCUUGGACUUGGAAUGGAAGUCGCUGCGUCCGGAUUGAUGCUUAUGAUGGGACCUCAGUGUUGUUCCAAGAUUUGGGGACGGAGCCCAUGAUGUGUAACCCCUUGCGUUCUUCCAGACCAGGGACCAAGAUCGUUUCCAAGAACAUCACCGCGAUGGUUGGAAUGGACCUGGUGCUACCUUGCCAGCUCACCUCCAACCUUGCUAAGGCCUUUUGGACCUUCAAUGGGCAGGAUCUGGCAGAAGACCAAACUUCAGUUGUCUACGAUGCUCAUCUUCAGGCACUGAUUGUCUUGGACAUCAGCCUGAAGCGUUCUGGGUUGUACAAGUGCAUCCAGGUAGAGGAGAUGAACGAACUAAUGACGGAGAGCUACCAGGUCACUGUGUUGGCUGACCCAGCCAUGUCAAUGGAAACCCGGGCUCCCUUGGACAACUUGGGCCUGGUCUGGGUGGUGGUGAUUGCUCUGUCAGCCGUCUGUCUGGUUCUCCUGCUGGUGGUCUUUUCUCUGAGGCGCAGGCUGAAAGAAGAACGCGAGAAAGGCUCCAAGGCCAUUGAGAGCACCCUUGUCUACCCCAUUGAGCUGCCCAAAGAGCCCAAGAGCCCCACGUUUAUUCCCAGCACCACCUCAGACUCUGACGAGAAGCUCUGGGACCCCGCCAGCUACUACUACUCGGACGGUUCCCUCAAGAUCGUCCCGGGUCAUGCCGUGUGCCAGAACGGGGGCACCACUCCCUCGCCCACCACAAAUGGCAUUCCCGGCCAGCCCCUGCAGUCUCCGCACCUCCACUCGCCCAACCGCAUCAAUCUGGGCAACAUCCGCGGCUCGUCUUCCAACGGCUACAUCCGCCUUAAUUUGGGCACCGAGGAGCGGCCGGACUACAGUGACUUGGCCGAGGAGCUGCGUCGGAAGUUGAAGCAGAGGCAAGCUCUGCCCGACUCGAAUCCCGAGGAAUCUUCGGUAUGAGCUGCCC